AUGAUUUGCCUCGCAACGAAAGCAGUUUAUUUAGAGCUGGUAACCGGGCUCAGCACGGAGCACUUCCUGCUGGCAUUCGAUCGGUUCACUGGACGUCGAGGGAUGGUUCAGCAUCUUUAUAGCGAUAACGGCACCAUCUUUGUGGGAGCAGACCGUCAUCUUAAAGAUUUUGUGAAGCAAUUCCGCGAUGACUAUGAGACGCUCAUCGCUCCGAAAUGGUCCCAGCUACGAGUCACUUGGCAUUUUAGUCCGCCUCAGUCGCCUAUCUUUGGUGGGCUUUGUGAGGCCAACGUCAAAUCGGUCAAGCACCAUCUCAAGCGCGUGAUCGCGGAUCGAAAGCUUACCUACGAUGAGAUGACCACGGUGGUAUUCAGCUGGCUGCUCGGAAGAAUUCUCGGAAGGCAGAAAUUGAUUGAUUUGAGAAAAUCGAGAUAUCUUAGAUCCAAAACAUGUGUUUUUAAUAUGUCUGACGAUCGGUUUGUUAAAUCAUUUAGGAUCGAUAAAAAUACUUUUAAAAGCAUUUUGGAGACAGUCAAGCCAUAUUUAAAAGUAACCACACUGUCACACUCAAUGCAACUGGCUGCUGUGUUGCGAUACCUUGCUACUGGCUGCUACCAGUUUUCAGUGGCCAAGGACCAUCACAUAAACAUUGGACGAAGCACAUUCGGAAAGAUUCUGCACAUAUCUAUUCCGUUGAUGGACAGGCUUCUACGUAAGGAUGCUAUUUCCCUCCAGAUGUCCAGGCAACUAAUGAAGAAAUCUUCCGAAUACUUCUUCAGAAGGUAUCAACUGCCAAAAAUAGUCGCCUGUGUGGAUGGAACUCAAAAAAUUCAGAAGCCUGUAAACAAUUCCUGUGUUUUCUUUAAUAGAAAGGAUUAUUACAGCAUGAACGCCAUGGUUGUUUGCAACUAUAAUAUGGAGAUCAUCGCCAUUGAUGCCACUCACCCUGGGUCCUGCCAUGACUCUUUUAUUUGGAACCACUCCGACGUCAGGGAAUAUUUCUCCAGGAAUAUAAACGGGCAUUUUGUUUUGGCGGAUUCCGGAUACGCCCUAGAGAGUUUCGUCUUAACUCCCUUCAGGAGCGCAGAGAUUGGGACGCAUCAGCAUACUUUUAAUUUAAGACAUACAGGAGCCAGGAAUAUUAUCGAACGGCUUAAAUUACGAGGCAGUUUUUUGUUGCCGUAUUAUUAAGGGGUUAUAU